GUGACUCAGUUUCCAAUGAAGGAGUGAUGGACAACAUGUUCCGCUUGCUAUAGAAUUUAUCCAUGUUGAGUGUCGACACAGACUAAUUUACACGCUCAUCGCAUAAGGUCGUCUUCGGUGUUUAUGAGAUGAUGAACAUCUCGACCAAAGCUAUGCAGAAGAUUGGAUCAGCCUUGACUUCCAUGAUUCCGAGGAUGGAGAGCCACAGUAAUCCCCCCUGCAGCUUUAACGGGGAGCGUCAGUGUGAGGACGGGUCGUGUAUACAGGCCGUGGACCUCUGUCCGGAGGAACAGCUGAUGAACCAGAACACGAUCCUCAUCAUGAUAGUUGUUGGACUAGCUGUCGUCAUAUUCCUCAUCGUCUUGUACUGUUUCCAGCAGCGUCAAAGGGAAGGCAACAGACGUCCGAGCUCUAUGACAGAGACAAAUCGUGACGAGGAAGACCAUGCAUCACUAUACAUGCCACCACCCACCUAUGAGGAGGUGGUCACUACAGACUUAUAUCCCCCCACACCACAAAUGAGGCUCGCAAGGGGGAGGAUCACAUCUAUUGAGGAGCCCCCUAUGACUCCUCCCCCCAACUAUGACGCAGCCUUAUCCAUUCUUGCCAGAAGCCACGAGUCAGUGUUUGGAAAGAUUCCCUUCAUGAGACGCAAGUCAUCAUGUGUAUCUCGCCGGAGUUUCUCUGUGGACAAUGUAAACAAUGUGGAGCUAGCCCCACCCCCUGUCAGUCCUAACGUGACUACAAUUACAGAACAGGACAGUGGUAGUUGUGAUAAAACAUCCAUAGAGGUCAUCACAAACCGGUGACCUCCGUGGAAGCCAAUGUUGGCAUAGAAACGUAUCCAGUAGCCAUCUCAAUGUGUUGUGUUGGAAGACUUUAUCCUUCAUCCUCUGUGUAAGAUUGAAAUACAUCUUUAAAUCUUGAACAAAUUUAUUUCACAUUGCUAUGUAUUGACAAGGACUGGAUUUUUUAACAGCUGAGCUUAUUAUAUCAAUUAUAUCAAUAUAUUCAUUUCUUGAUCAGACCAGUAGCAUUGUCUUCAGUAUGGAGGAACAUUUGACAAUGGCAGAUACAUUAACAAUGGGAUUAUUUCACUGGCAUUACGUAAUAUUUAAAUCAUGAAACUUUGGUCAUGUGUAAGCUUGUUAUUCUAGCCACUGCUAAUCUGCUAGUCACAUGGUGGCACUAUUUAGCCACAUUGACGGAACAGGAAGGUGGCACUAUCGAGCCACAUUGACGGAACAGAAAGGUGGCACUAUCGAGCCACAUUGACGGAACAGAAAGGUGGCUUUAAUAAAAAUUAAGCUUGCCUGUAUUAUGACAUUUUGAAGGUGGACAAGCAAUAGCAAUACCUGGAUAAUGUGCAAAGAUCUGACUGUCUGACAAAGUCAUUUUGUUUAUGUAUGUUUGGUCAGACAGACAGUAGGAUUAAUUAACUGUCAGUGUGACACUCAGCUAUUGACCAAUGUGUAUUAAACACAUUAUAAAUGUGUACACACACGAUAAAAUGUAUGUACAGUGAGUGAUGCCAGACUUGCUACGGUGAGUGCAAUAGAGAUGUGUAAUAUAGCUGUGUAAGUCCGUGUAUUGUGGUGUUUGAUGAAGAGUUAUGUUCCUGUAUAUUGUCUUGCGUGUCCAUUGUCCUGUGUGUAUAUUUAGUGUUGUACCAGUUGUAUUGAUAUGUUUUGUUCUAUAUUUAACUGCCAUACAGAGGAUUGUCAUAUGUUACUUGUAAAGUAAACAUAGACUAUUUAUUCUCACAAUAGAAUUUAAAUCUUCUGCGCAUGCUUUCGUUUAUAAGAUGAUCAAUUUUGUCAUUUGGUGCUAUACUGUAAAACAGUCGAGACUUGAUCAGUUUUGGGAAUCAAGAAUUUGUAUGUGUACUUAAUUUCGUGUUGACUUAAACUGUAUGAAAUAAUUAAGUGUUGUCCUAACAGUUGUUUAGAGAUUAUUGUAAUGAUCGAUAGAUAUUUGUGAGAUUUUGGAGUUAGAAUUUUAAAAUAUAAAUUUAGAAUAUUUUAACAUGCCUCAGACAACUCUUGAAGUUGGUCACUGUAUAAACAUAUAACUGACAGGUUAUAUAUCUUUUAUUCUCAGGUUUAAAUAAAUUGGUCACAAAAUGUUUAUUUUUGUUACAAGUUUAAACAAAUAAUCGGUGAUCAUUCAAUAAUUUUCCAUAAGGCAGUUAGCUUAAAUAUUCCCCUACAAACAAGUAAUGUUAAUUUAUAAAACUGUGUAAACAAGGCAUAUAUCAAACAAGGUAGAUAAGGACACUGAUUAUUGUCACAAAUAGUUAGAUACUGUCUUCUGCAGCACUUUAAUAUUGAUACGUUAUGCCCUUGUGCCAUAGGUAAUCAUGUGAUUUUAUGUUUUAUCUUCAAGAUAGUCACGUCAUAAUUUUCUCUGUUUAAUAUUCUGGUUUUACUAGACAUUGAACUUCAAAAGAAGCGACUUAUCUAUAUACAUUUAUAAACAAUUAAUUACAUCUAUCAGAUUUAUCGUCCUGUCACUCUGUACAGGUUUACAGAUUUAUGUUGGUGUCCAUGUUUUUGUAAAUUGACCACAGUCACAAAGAACACAAAAAUGACCAGCCAAGAUUGACCCUGGUGUAUAACAUUAGUGGUCAACUUUUAUACAAAUCACAAAACUUCCAGACCAUGGUUGACCAUAGUUUAAAGGCCAUGUUAAUUUUUCCAUUUUCUACUCUUCUUGGCUUACAAGGUCACUUGCCUGUGUACUGGAAACAUACCCGUGUUACACAGGUUCUAUCCUGAUCUUGUCUAAAAGAAAUCUAUAGGAAGUGAUACACACAGUACUGCUGAUCACUGCUGGCCCUGUUUGGCUCCGAGGUAUAACUAAUUUUGAUAAUCUUGUGACACAUUCUUAAUGACUCAUUAGUUAUAAGGAGAGGGUUGUAGGACAAUACCGGUUGAUGGUUAUUGCUGAUUAUCAGGCAAAAUUAGAUUCCUUUCAAGCUUACAUAUGUGUGUAUCAUAGUGCUGUUUAUAUAUUUAAUGUUCAAUGUAAGUAACACUGAUACUCAUAAUAGGCUAUCUAGCUAGGCCCAUAUAGAUUAACUUAUCUGUCAGGGUACACUGUUGUACUUAAGUUAAUUAUCACACAUUACAUGUGAAAUUAUUUUUGUAACUUAAAAAUCUGAUUUUAUCAGAAUUGAAAAAAUGAAUGACAAUCAAGUUUUAAUAAAGUAGAUUAGCAUUGGCAUAGCUGAUGGUCAAUUAUUUAAAACUGUUUUCACAUUUAUUUUAUUGAGGAGGAACGGAGAGUUAAAUAUCUC